UUUAGUAAAUCAUUUUAUAAAAAAGAUGCAAGUGAUACAGGUUUGGGCUACUUUAGUAAUCGUUCUCGGCUUGCUAGUGGCACAAGGCCGGAGUGCCUGUGUCAAUACGAACUACUACAAAUCCUUAGCUAGCGCUUCCUUCAAUUCUAUUUAUAAAUCUCCUACUGGAGAUGACUACACUGUUAUUGCUGCGACGAUUUCAAGUAUUUGAAGACUCUCUGUUCUAAACCAAGCCGGGGUAAGAGUGGCUGAGGUAGAUCUUGGAGACUCAACAACCAAUCAAGUUGUCUGAAAUAAGGUCUACAUUUCAGAUACAGGCAAAGUAUAUGUAACAGGAUCUACUAAAACUUUGGAUGCAUCAAGUGGAAAGACUAAUAUUUUCAUAGGAAUCUAUGAUAAGAAUACACUUGCAGCUUCCCUUGUCAGAGGGUGGGGCUCAUACUCAGGUGAUGAAGUAGGCCUCGACAUCAAAGCAACAGCUGAUGAAGGAUACCUCUAUGCAGUUGGAUAUUCAGAUGAAUUUACACAGAAUUCUGGAGGAAAGAAUCCUGUAGUUACUAAGUUUCAACCUGAUGGAACUCACAUCUGGAGUAAAGGUAUUGGAGGUAAUGCAAUCGGAGAAUUCAGCUCAGUAGAUUUUCCCAUUGAUGCCUCUAAUAUUUACUGAGUAGGGACAACGAGAAUAUGGACAGUUACAACUAACUUUGAUACUGGUGUAAUUGUUAAGAUAUCUUCUGCUGGAAGUCUCCAAUGGGUCAGAAGUUAUGGUACUGCAAGCACCCAUGUAAAAUUUAACACAGUGGUCUGUCUCAAGGAUCAUAGCUAUGUUUGGGUGUUUGGAAAUUCUGGUGGAUCGAGCGGGAUCUUGGUAAAAUUUGAUAUUUCGACUAAUCAAGAUACACUGACAUUAACAUUAUCCACAAUGAGUGAUAUAACUUCAGCUUCUCUUUAUAUUGACCAAAGUGUCAUUUUCUUUGCUGGCCAAUCUUCAGCUUCAAAAAUGUACGUUGGAGGACUUAAACUAAGUGAUGAUUCUCUAAUUUUGAACAAAUAUUUCGAUGUAGCAUCUUCUACAAUAAAUGAUAUCUCUAUAAACCAUUAUGGGCAAAUAGGAAUUGCAGCUACUGUAGGAGCUAAUGGGGGAAUAAUUCAUUUCGAUCCUGAUUUUAAUGACAAAUGUACUGCUCUAACUAUUACUGCAUUUGGAGGAUCACUCUCUGCAAGUGUUGGAACAAUUUCUACUAGCCAAGCCUCUCAAACCCUCUACGAUAUUCAACCUCUGAUCGUGACUGGUACAAUCUCAAGCUCUUCUGUAACAACUACCCUAACUAAUGAGACUUGUGGAGAUAUGUGAGUUCCAAAUUUUGUAGGAAUUUCAAUCGCAACAGGAAAUUCAAUUUCUCAAAAUGUUGCUACAUUCAACCUUAACACAACAGUAGCAGCUAUAACCUAUUCAUCAUCCCUAAUGGAUGAUUCUUCAUCUGGGUGGGUGACAGUAUCGUCCGGAGGAACACUUUCAAACAGUUCUUCAAGUGGGCUAAGCACUUAUAUAAAAGUUAAAGGAUCUUAUACUGAUGGAAGCACUUACACAGCAUCUUCAAUGUACCGAAUUAUUGUCACUAAUAAUGCACCAACUUUAAGUGCUUCAAUCCCAGACCAGACAGUAGCUGUAAAUACUGCAUUCUCCUUAGGAUUUAGUACCUCUGCCUUCACUGAUUCAGAUUCUGGAGAUUCGUUAACCUACACUGCUGAACAAAGUAGUGGCUCUGUUCUUCCAUCUUGGCUCUCAUUUGAUGCUGCCAAUAGAGCAUUCUCGGGAACUCCUACUUCAGCUGGAACCUUAAAUGUGAGAGCCAAAGCAACGGAUACCGGAGGAAGUGUAGUUAGUGAUAUUUUUACAAUAACUAUCACAAACAAUGAUCCUGUAAGUUCAACUGCCAUUCCAUCCCAAAAUCUUGUAGUUGGAGAGUAUUUUGAAUACUCAAUCCCUUCAGGGUCGUUCACAGAUGCAAAUGGGCACACUGUAACUUAUGUUUCAGCUACACAAACAGAUUUAACAGCUAUCCCAAGCUGGUUAACUUUUAUUUCUUCAGCUGGGCUAUUUUCAGGAGUUCCCACAGCUUCAGGAACUACAUCAAUUCGUGUAACAGCAACAGAUGUAUAUGGAGGAACUGAUCCUACUUCAGAUUUUAAUUUUAUAGUGAGCACAAGGCCGACUGUGACUCCUUAUAGUGACUUAACUAGAGCUAUUGGUGGCUCAAUAUCGGUUUCUACACCUUUUGUAGAUGCAGAUGGAGACACAUUGACUUAUUCAGCAGCUUACAUCAACGGAUCUUCUACUAUUACUCCAUAUUCAUUAUCAGCAGCUGGAUUGCUAACUUCUUCAGCAUUCACCUCAUCUGAGGAAGGCUCUUACAGUAUAAAAGUAACAGCUACUGAUACUUCCUCAAACUCAAUCUCAUCAACUCAGAAUGUGAUUGUAAACUCGGCGCCAGUAGCCAAUCAAUCUGCUCUAGUCCAACUCUAUGCUAUACACUCGGAAGCUUUUUCCUAUACUCUUCCUUCAACCGCAUUUUCUAGCACAGAUGCUUUAACCUACUCAAUUGAUGGCACCAGUACUAAUCCUGCUUGGUUGAAUUUUGAUGCAACUCAAAGAUUGUUCUACGGAACUGCUAACUCUGGGCAAGCUAACCCAGCAUUAACUAUUAUUGCUACAGACACCAUUGGGCAAACUGCUACUGUUAUUCUGAACAUUACUGUGAAUAAUGAUAACGCUCCAGCUUUCUCAAAUGCUGUAUCCUCUCAGACAAUCAAAAAGGAUGCAAACUUUUCCAUAACUUUCCCAGAUAACAUCUUUAGUGAUGCUGAUGGUGACCCAGUAGAAAUAUCUUUUGAGAGAAAUGCUGGAGGGUCAAUGCCAUCUUGGUGGAGCUUCAACCCGAUCACAAGAAUAGCAUCUGGUUUUGUCAAUACCACAGAAAAUAGCAUUGUUAUCAAGAUUUGGGGAGGAACUUCUGCUUCUACUACAUUUACCUUAACAAUACUAGAUAAUAAUGCACCUGUGGUUGGCACAGCAAUUUCAUCCUUCACUGUUUAUCAGGAUAUCGAUUUUACGGAAGCUUUCAGUUCAACUUCCUUUGUUGACCCUGAUGCAGACACUCUCACAUAUUAUCUUUCAGCUGUAGAUAAUGAUAGUUCUCUUCCAUUUUGGAUCAACAUCCAAUCUUCAAAUAUGAGAAUUUACGGAAGAGCUGGUUCAUCUGACCUUGGGAAAUAUCAAGUGAACUUAGUUGCUGAUGACUCUAGAGGAGGGACUGCUUUCCAAACUCUGACUAUCACAGUAAAAGCUACAUACUCAAUUCCAGCUGUUCUAGCCUUAAGUAUUCUAGUGAUACUACCAGUUGCUUCAAUCCUGAUUUACCUUUCCCUGAUAAUCUUUGGGUCCCAUGAGUCUCCCAAAUAUCAAUUCAACCUUGAUAAAUUCCUUCAGAAAUAUGAUCCAGAUUAUACAGCAAAGAAACUCAAGAAAGAGGAUGAAGAUAAAAUUAUAAACGAUUCAUAAUUUUCAAUCAGUACAA